AUGCUGCGCCACCUCCCGGGACUGCUCCUGCUGCUCUGGCCGCUGCUGCUGCUGCCGCCGCCGACCCCCGCCGCCCCCGGCCCCCUGGCCCGCCCGGGCUCGCGGAGGCUGGGGAUGCGCGGCCCAGCGGGCAGCCCCGGGCGCCGCCCUGCCCCCGCUGCCCCCACCGGCGCGCCCCAUUCCGGGACCGGCCAGCCCGGCGGGGCCCGCGGCGCAGGUGUUUGCAAGAGCAAGCCCUUGGACUUGGUGUUUAUCAUUGAUAGCUCUCGCAGUGUGCGGCCCCUGGAGUUCACCAAGGUGAAAACCUUUGUCUCCCAGAUAAUCGACACUCUGGACAUUGGGGCGGCGGACACACGGGUGGCGGUAGUGAACUAUGCUAGCACCGUGAAGAUUGAGUUCCAUCUCCAGACCCACUCGGAUAAGCAGUCGCUGAAGCGGGCUGUGGCCAGGAUCACACCCUUGUCUACAGGCACCAUGUCGGGUCUGGCUAUCCAGACAGCGAUGGAUGAGGCCUUCACGGUGGAGGCAGGAGCUCGGGGGCCCACAUCCAACAUCCCUAAGGUGGCCAUCAUUGUGACAGACGGAAGACCUCAGGACCAGGUGAAUGAGGUGGCCGCUCGGGCCCGGGCAUCUGGUAUUGAGCUCUAUGCCGUGGGUGUGGACCGGGCAGACAUGGAGUCCCUCAAGAUGAUCGCCAGUGAGCCCCUAGAUGAGCAUGUUUUCUAUGUGGAGACCUAUGGGGUCAUCGAGAAACUUUCCUCUAGAUUCCAGGAGACCUUUUGUGCCCUGGACCCGUGUGCACUUGGCACACACCAGUGCCAGCACGUGUGCAUCAGUGAUGGGGAAGGCAGAUACCACUGUGAGUGUAGCCAAGGAUAUUCCCUGAACGCUGAUAUGAAGACAUGCUCAGCUAUCAAUAAGUGUGCUCUUAACACUCAUGGAUGUGAACACAUCUGUGUGAACGAUAGAACUGGCUCUUAUCACUGUGAGUGCUAUGAAGGUUACACCUUGAAUGAAGACAAGAAAACAUGUUCAGCUCAAGAUCAAUGUGCUUUUGGUACACAUGGCUGUCAGCACAUUUGUGUGAAUGACAGAGGUGGGUCUCAUCACUGUGAAUGCUACGAAGGCUACACUCUGAACGCAGAUAAUAAAACGUGUUCCGUUCUCAGCAAGUGUGCUCUGGGCUCUCACGGCUGCCAGCACAUCUGUGUGGAUGACGGGGCAGCGGCCUAUCACUGCGAGUGUUAUGCCGGCUACACCUUGAAUGAAGACAGGAAGACGUGCUCAGCCAUUCAAGAAGCACGAAGACUCAUCUCCACAGAAGAUGCUUGUGGAUGUGAAGCCACUCUGGCAUUCCAGGAUAAGGUCAACUCCUAUCUGCAGAGACUGAACGCCAAACUUGAUGACAUUUUAGGGAAGCUGCAAGAAAAUGAAUCUGGACAAAUACAUCAUUAAAUUACUCAAAAUUUUCACCUGGAAAUACGGAGAGCUUGGUGUGUUUGAUACUUUUGCAUACUUCCAUGUUCCUGCUAAUAUCUGCCCUUGCAAUUGCCUGAAUAUUACUGGAUAAACAGUAUGAGGAUCUUCUAGAGAAUCAGUGUCAUUUUUUAAAGGAAAUAAACAUUCACAUCCUUAAGAGCAAACUUUAGUGUCUCUAAGCUAUGACUGUGAAAUGAUUGGUAGGAAAUAGAAUGAAAAGUUUAAUAUUUCUUUAUUUACCAAUUGAGCCAUUUAAUUUUUAAAUGUUUAUAUUAGUAAGAUAACCAUACUUACAAUGGGAACUUUUGACCUAUUUUCUCUUGACAGUAUUUAUAGUAUAAACCAGACUUACUACUCAGAGUGUAAAUUGUAUGGAGUAUUUACACAUAAAAAAGUUCAUAUAACUAAAUUGAGGUGAAUAUAAUUUAGCACUGUUUAACACUUUAUUUUUUGCUCUUUUUUUGCUAGAGUAUUACUGAAGCUGUGAUCAGGGGAUUGUAAUACACAUCUCUAAAAAUAGAUCAAGUGAACAUUACAUGAAACAUUAUAAGAAACAUGUAACUAAAGAUUUUAGUUUUGAAUUAAGAGUGUUAUAACUUUAUACCAAGGAAAAACUAUCCUACUUUAUC